AUGUUUAGUGAGUUAGUCGAAGGUAAUGAGAAUGAGUUUGGGGUUAUCGAAGGCAUUGGGGGUAAAACUGCUAUUAAAGGUAUUGGUACAGUACAACUAGGACAUGUCACAUUAUACAAUGUAGCAUAUGUCCCAAAUGGCCACGUAAACUUGAUCUCUGUCAAAAUGGCUUCUGCUAAGUCAAACAUGAAAUUUAUAUUUGACAAAACAAAGGUAUUUUACAAUUAA